AUUUUGGGGGAAACGGUGCAACGUGAAAAUUAGCUGCCAGCUUACGUCACUUCUUAAUUAUCACAAAAAAAAAAACUUUGCAUGACUUUAGGUAUCUAUUCAUAAGUUAGAAAUAGUGUGAUAUACUUCAAAUUAAAAUAAAUUCUAUGGUGUAGUAGUAAAAGCUUGAGUCUAUUUGAUCUCUGGUUAAUUUUACUGAAAUGGGUUUAGAGAAUAAAAAACUAAAUUAGUAGAAAUAAUAGUCAUUAAGUUCCCUGCAAGAACUAUAGAACUUGUAUACAAAUCUUAACUAAGCUGACGAUGUUUUUUUCAUUUAUGCACUUACUUAGACUAUAUAAUAUUAGGUAUAUUGGAAUAAUUUCGGAUAGGUAUACAUACUACAGACAUAAGUAGUAGUAGUCGGUCUCGAUAAAUAAUUACACCACUUAAUAUCAAAAUAGUGUAUUAUUUACAUACAAGAGUGUCCAUUCAAGUGUUAAUAAUAAAUUAUUCGCCAAAUAUAAUGUAUCAUCUUUGAUCACAUUACUAUAAUAAAUUCUUUAGGGAAAAUACCAAAAGAAAUUUGUUGAUAUUAAAAAUGUGUCAUUUAUCUAUUAUUCAAUACUUAGUUACCUUUUAACAAAAAGUGUACGUAAAAUCCUCCCACGGGGUUUUCUUAAUGAAAUUCGUUAAAUGGAUUUUUAAUUGCACUAUGUGUAAAAUACACACGCCUCUAAAUGCAUUUUAAUUUUCAAUAUAUAUACUAACCUUAGCAUUGAUUUUUAAUAGUCAUUCACAAGAGCAGCGCGCUCAUUAGCUUACAGUCAAUAUGAAUUGUGUCGUUCUUGUCGCUCUUUCGUGUGUUGUAGCAAUCAAUGCUCAGCCUCUCGGCAUCGGUGGUAUGGGACUUGGCCUCGGUGGUAUGGGAAUGGGACUUGGUGGAAUGGGAACAGGUCUCGGCGGUAUGGGGACCGGUCUAGGUGGGAUGGGAAUGGGUAUGGGUACAGGUUUAGGAAUGACUGGACUGGGAACCGGUCUAGGAAUGGGUUUGGGAGGCAUGAGCGGUGGAUAUACUAACGGUGCCGGCUACGGUGGACAGCAAUUCGGUAGCGGCGCUAGUGGCAUGGGAAACCAAGGAUACAAUACAGCUGGUGUCAAUAAUUUUCACAACGAGGGCGCCCACAAUAACAGGGUAUUAUCUAUAAACCAAGCAGACAGUUCCGGCUUCCACAACAUAGGCGGUGGCUCUGCCUUGAACAAUGGCGGUUACGCUGGCAACGGUUACAACGGAUAUCAAAAUGGCGCCUCACAGUUUGGCAAUGGCUUUGGAUCGGGCUCCCAAUUAGGAAUGAUGUCAUAAGUUUUCCUAAUAUGUAAAAGUAGACUUAAAAUAGCUGUUAUGUUUUUAAAUAAAUAUUUAUUGAAAAUGA